AUGUUCAAUAUGCGUCCUUUUACGCCACAGGGCCUCCGGCCACUUCGAUCCCUCCUCUCGCAGACCACAACACUCACUACCACACGUACACCUCCGUCUUCAUUGCGCCUCUUCUCAUCUCAGAUCACUUAUCCUCGUCGCGUCAUAUCCUCGCCUAUUCUCUCUCACUCCCGGCGCAUCCUUCCUCCCACAUGCCGACAAAACUCCUCAUCUUCACGACCUCUGACCGAUGAUCCCAGCGACAGGAUCGAGACCGAUGCUGAUCGCCAGAAGAGAAAUGAAGAACGCCGUAAAAAUGAGGAAGCCUAUCAAAUUGUCUUCACCUGCAAGCCAUGUGGCGAGCGCUCCUCACAUCGCAUGUCGAAGCAGGGCUAUCACCGCGGGACAGUUCUUAUCCAGUGUCCCUCGUGCGACAACCGCCAUGUUAUGAGUGAUCAUUUGGGAAUCUUUUUCGAUAAGAGGACUACACUUGAAGACCUUUUGAAGGAGAAGGGCCAGAGUCUGACUCAUGGACAUACCGAUGGCAACUUGGAGUUCUGGGAGGACGGCACUGUCAAGAGCUUCGGUCUGGAUGGAAAGCAGUUGUUGGACUCUUCCAGCGAAAAGACCUCUUAA